UAUUUGAAUCAAUUAUUAUCGACAUUUUCGUGGUAUUUGUACAAACUGGAUACCGAUAGCAUUUGAUAUUAUAGCAUUUUGAAUAAUUUUUCAACUUUGAAAAAAAGCCAUACCUAUUUAUUAUAUAGAUAAUGUUUAACCUUUUGUUUAUAUAUUCGGCAACCGAAUUUCGAUAGAGGAUUUAUAAUAAUUCAUUCUUAGAUAACACAAGAGACUCUGCGAUAAUGGAUAGGAGACAAUUGGCGCACUGCAAACGAAUCCUGCGUAUGAUAGAGGUGUUGGUCGCCAACAAACCAAACUACCACCAGAGAGGAAGAGGAGGCGGUGGUAGAAGAGGUAGAGGCAGUAGGGGUCGCAGUACGGAUGGAGGGAGAGGCCGCGGCACCUACAGGAGGUACAAAUGGUGGCGGGGAAGGAGGGCGGCGGUGAGGGCGCCGGUGGUGCAGGAGGCGGGGGCGUCUACGCAAGGGGUACCGGAGGCGCCUCCAGCAGAGGCCGUCCGGCCAAACGAGGUGGUGGUUGAGGAGGAAACAAGGAUGGACGUGGCGGGCCCCAGCACCCUCUCCACCUCUGAAAAAAAAAAUUGAAUAAAGGGAUUGAAACGA